AUGACUGAAGAGCACUUCAAAGAUUUGAAAGUCAACCAAAAGCGAUUGAUGGAAGACAUCCACCACACUUGCAAGUGGGGAACUGGUGAACAAUGGGGCGAAGCUGCCACCGAGACUGGAAUGUCUCGUCUUGCCCUUUCAGAUGCAGACAAACAAGCAAGAGAUUGGUUUGUGGAGACGACGCAAGCUUUGGGCUGUAAGACUACUGUUGAUGAAAUGGGUAACAUUUUCGCAAUUCGGCCAGGACUGAAGAAUGAUAAGCCGCCAACAUAUGUUGGAAGCCACUUGGACACCCAGCCGACAGGUGGUCGAUAUGAUGGCAUUCUUGGAGUAACCGCUGGUGUCGAGAUGUUGAAAGUGCUGGCUGACAACUGGGUCGAGACUGAAUAUCCUGUUGGUGUCGUGAACUGGACGAACGAAGAGGGCGCACGUUUCCCGAUGUCGAUGGUUUCGUCUGGUGUAUGGGCUGGCUCCAUACCUCUCGAAAAGGCACACAAUCUUCGCGAAGUACAUCCAGGAACCGCAACUCAGAAGUCUGAGCUUGAGAGGAUCGGUUACCUAGGAACAACGCCAGCAAGCUAUGAAGCUAUGCCGAUGGCUGCACACUUCGAGCUUCACAUUGAGCAAGGUCCCCUUCUCGAAAUGGCGAACAAGAAAAUUGGCGUAGUAACCGGUGUACAAGCCUACAAAUGGCUGACCGUCAAGGUAAAAGGUCGCGACACCCACACCGGUACUACAGAUCUCAAAUCACGCGCCGACGCGCUCCUCACAGCCUCCAAGAUGAUCUUGCACUCACACAAACUGGCUACCGCCCACGGUGCGCUGGCAUCAACAGGCAUCCUCAACCUCAAGCCCGGCUCCACCAACACCGUCCCCGGCGACGUGACCUUCAGCCUCGACAUCCGAGCCAAGAAAGACUCCACAGUCGCCGAGCUAAAAGCUCUCGUCGAACGUAACUUCCCCAAGAUCGCAGCCGGCGAAGACAUCGACUCCCUUAACCACGGCUGCACCGCCGGCCUGCCCCUCUCGGUCUCCAUAACCGAAGACUUCGACUCGCCCGCGGCAACCUUCCACUCCGAUUGCAUUCACGCCGUGCAGCAAUCCGCACUCUCCGUCCUCGGCCCCAAUAGUAACAGUUUGGUCAUGGAGAUGACGUCGGGCGCAGGGCAUGAUAGCGUGUAUGCGAGUAAGCGGUGCCCAACGAGUAUGAUUUUUGUACCGUGUAGAGAGGGGGUGAGUCAUAAUCCAAGGGAGUUUUGUGAGGAGGUGGAUUGUGCGACGGGAGCGCAGGUGCUGUUGGAGAGCGUGGUGAGGUUCGAUCGGAUGAGGGAUGAGAGGCGGGUUACUUGGAAGCAGGAACCUUAUACGCUUUGA